GUAGUAUUUUCCAACAAGUUCAAAGCGACGUGAGAAACUAUUGUGCCGGUGCAGCUCAGAAAUGUGCAAUGCACUGUCACUAAUUAAAAAUAAUUUCAUAUGAUUGGAAAAGCAAGUCCUACACUGCGGAAUCCACGAAGGGUACCAAAGGAGAAUCGAAGAAGAGCAUAUCGAGCAUGUCGUCUUUGCCGAAACAGAAAGAGUCGGUGCAUCCCAACCGACUCUGGACCUUGUUGGAGAUGCCGCCGUCGGGGCGCGCAUUGCAUUUAUGAAGAUAUCUUGCAGGCUGAUGAAGUAUCAAGGGCAUCACCGAGCAACGCAACACCAGUGGCAUCUCCCGGAUCAAUUGGUACUGCGUCUCAGGGCGGUUCCUGUAGAGCCCAGAUGAACUCGACCAGUACCCCAUUGCAGUCUCCAGAGAGGCAGCAAAAUCCAAUGCCCGAGCCACAUUCGCGUUUACGUGCGGCUGGGCCUACAGAAGCAUUCUAUUCUGCUACCACAUCCAACGAACUCUUCCUCGCAAGGAUCAGAGAGUCAAUGUUUAUGGGGCCAUCACACCACACGUAUAGUGAAAAGUCUCCAACGCUAAAUGACCACACUGUGCUCCAACUAGAUCCAUCUGAUCGGCAACUAGUCAGUGAUGCCCUGGCUCAAUUUCCGCCACGAAAUAUUUCAAACUUUUUGCUUUCAAUAUAUUUUCAUUAUGCAGAAGAUAGCUACUUCUAUUUCCAUCAACCAGCAUUCCGAAGCAGAUUAGAUGAACUAUAUAACAGCUCGGCUGCGAGGGCAGUGACUGAUCCUGCAUUUGUCUGUUCUGUUCUUAUGGUAUUCGCAUUGGGUAGCCAAUUUACACAAUUUAGAUCCCCCAAUGCAACUGCAACUCCCGAACCAGGGGACUUUCGGGAGGACCCAGGUUCGAUAUUCUAUCGAAGGGCACGAAUGCUUCUCCCUGCGGUCAUCUCGAGGUGCACGAUUGAGGCCAUUCAAGCGUGUACAGCAAUGGCAACGUAUUGUCUUCCCUCACGUCCACGCGAUUUGGGAUAUUUCUACCUUGGCCUGGCGCUUAAAAUAGCAGUUGCAAGCGGUCUCCAUAGAAGGGCCAAUGAGUCGGGUCUUAGUGCGCCUGUACUGGAGAUACGCAAUAGACUUUGGUGGAGUAUUUAUUCCCUGGAACGCGUGUUGAGUAUCAAAAUGGGCAGACCCGAGUCGAUCAGAGAAGAAGAUAUAGACGUUCCAUUGCCUGCGCCUUGCUCAGAGCUUGAUUUCCCCGAGGCUCAAUCCAAUAUAUUCCAUCAGAUGGCAAAUGUCAGCUUGACGAGAAUUCUGAACCGAAUUGUUAGACGAGUAUCUUACAUUUUCAGUAGUUCUGCCGAAGUUGUCAAGUCAGAAACUGAUAAGCUAAAGAGAGACCUUAAAGCAUGGAAACGGGCUCUUCCAGAUUUUCUACGACUUCAGAAUGGCAGACCAGAACAAAAAGGUUUCAGGGCAGUGAUCCAUCUUUACAUGAACUAUUACCAUGCUUGGAUUAUCAUGUGCCGAAUCCCAUUAUUAAUAUUGGUGCGCGAAAAACUUAAACAAUCAUUUCAAGGAUCACAGUCCGAGACAAACAUAGAUGAACAGACUCAGCUCCUGGCGCAAAGCUGUGUCAAGGCGGCGAACAAAAUGCUUUCCCUUUUUGAGAUACUUACAGAAUGUGAGCAGCUUGCGAGGUUUUCGUUCACCGACUUUCAGGGAUGCAGUACCUCCACUAUCAUUAUCUUGCUUCACGGCAUUCUGAAAAGGGAUUCUACCUACGAGUCAAAAACGGAGUUUGCAUUCAACACGCUUCGAUUCAUGUCCUUUGGAUCAGAGACUGCUGAGAUAGGUUUGCAACUGGUCGAAAGCUUUCAAAGGCUCGCCGAUGAAGCUGUCGAAAGACUAGAUUCAAUAUCAACCGCAAAGAGUUCAGAUACAAACAAUGUAGUAGGAUACGAGGACUGGGCGCAGUGGUUAUCUAAAGAAACUCGGACCAUAUCCCCCGGGGCAACAGAAAGCUCUGCGCAAAGUUUUCCAUUCUCGUUAGAUCGAGAAAUGGGAAAGAACAGCUCUUCAGGAGAUGCUUUAACAGCUGGCAUGCCUGAAGAUAAUAUCGCAACGGCUAGACCAUUAGACACUAAUUUUCUACUCGAUCAAGGCGCCACAAAACAGCAAAUUGAGACUUCAUCUACUCCGAGACCAGAAAACUAUCAAAGCGAAGGUUCACAUCGGCGUGAUCAUGAACUAGGCUCAUCGAACAACUUUGACGAGAUGACAGCACAAGUGCCGGAUCAUGUUGAAGACUUUUUCAUGCUCGGAUUCACGGGCCUCGACUUGUUCAAUUUCUCUGUACAUGACGAUGAAAUGGCUGGCGACUGGAAUGGUAAUCUCACUUGAUGCUAGACUGCGGAAAGGGUAGGCUUUUAGGGGUUCGGGUGCAAUCUACUUGGUGCAUAGCAGCAUCUGGUAAUUCUUUUCUUUACUCCUUUCUUUUUCAUCUCAACAGGAAUGGCAUCAUUUACAUUUCGCAGAUACAACUUGCUAUGAGUUGAAAGAAAAAGCUGAAAUCGGACAGGAGAAGAGGCGGAUCACGGGUCGGUUAAGUUCUGCUCCAGUUGCAAAAGGAAAAUCAAUCAAGUCAACAAGGAGAAUGAGAUUAAAAUUAUAUUUUGAUUGGUCUUGAUCAUGUAUUUUCUUUAUAGCCAUCUUCCCAUUUAUCUACCGCUGAGCCAUGUCAUUCGCCUUUUAUACCCCAGAAAAGUCAUGAG